GUGCUGAUGCAUAAGGCGCAUACUGUUUACAUGCAGAUGUUUGCAAUCGCUUCAGGCGCUAAAGCGCAUCAGACACUUGACGAGGCUCUGCCUUGAGCCCGACUCUAUCCGUUACCCCUCACAAGGCUUUAUACGCCGUCAGGCCCAAGUCCAUACUUUGGUCGGAGAUCAAUACGUCUCUGCCAGCAUGUAAGAAUGCCAACGAACUCGCCUUGGGCUUGGUCCUCAGCUCAUAAUCGACAUUACAUGUACGUUUACGCAGAUGAUGGUGUCAUACAGGAGACCCUCUGGUCAGGACCUCCUGCUUCGGCCGGUCAACCACCACCUACUAGAGACCCUAGAGAUCCUCGGACAACUCCGUCCAACCCUCCAAUCCCACAACAAGUCCCGAGACCUCUAUUAGUACAACCCACCCAGCCAAACUACACAACUGGAGCAACGUCUUCUCGUCCCGUUGUCGGCCCAGCUCCUCCUUCCACUGAAGGGGCUGGGCAAGCUGUGCACACGAGACGGAAACCGGUAGCUUCGCUCCCCGAAGAGGUACAAGCUAAUCUGCACCACCUGGCUAGGCGUUUCAUUCAGACUGGUGAUGUUAGAAAUGAGACGGAGUCACUAGAUCUACGGUAUCGUCGAGUCGCGACACACACUCAUCAUCUUUUCUUUGUUCCUGGAAGGGUCUUUAUGAUGCUUUGGACCGAACCCGCUGGGGUAGCAAACCCAGGUAAAACACGCAACUCAACACACUUUAGCACAGUGUGGUUGAAUGAAAGUGCCUACUCCGAGAUAAGACGCUUCGUGGUAGUUCGAAACAAGGGCACAUUCAGCCAGUGCAUCCCCAUACAGACGUACCGAGGCAGUGGUGCCACCAAACCAGGUCUUGUCAUGAAAGACCACGGCAUCAUUUACACAUCUUCUACAGCUCCUAGCACUAUCCCCGGCGAAAGUCUCAACAAGUAUCCCAUCCGUGUCACGCCCACCGACGGCAGAACACUCGAUCCUGCAUCUCGCGUGAACUAUGGAAAGGCGUACGCAGUGGAGCACAACGUCAAAGUACUUGAUGUUGGCAUGGUGGACGAGACUCAUCGAUAUAUGAUUGAGGUAUAUUUCGAGAGCGCCAUGCGAGGCGAAUAACGUAGGGGAGACCAGAUCGCUCUGCAACAUACGCAGGGCUGG